GCGUUAUUUUAUUUAGCCUGCACUGUCGGAUUUGUGAGCGAGCGUUAUUUUAUUUAUUCCGAUUGCCGUUAUUCCGGUUGUGCCGAGGGAGAGAGAGGAAGAGGGAGAGGAAGAGAGACAUAUAUGAGACACACACACACACACACACACACACACACACACAGAGGGAGAGAGAGAGAGAGAGAGAGAGAGAGAGAGGAGGUGUUGUGAAUGGUGUAAUUUGAGAGCACAGUCGAAGUGGUGGGCGAGAGUGCAAGGGGAGAAAGACGAACUAGUGAAGUGUGUGUGGAAGAAGUGGGAAGAUGGGAAGAUUCAGGAAGGAGCGGCUAGUGGCGGCGGUGGUUGUCGUGGCUAUGGUGGUGCUGUCAUUGGCGAAGCCAUCUGAUGGGAGAAGCAGGAACAGACCAGGAGCUACUGCUGCUGCACACGGCGCGCAAUCCAGAGCAGCAGAGUCAGCUCGUCGUUCUCUCGCGGCUUCCUCCGCCGCUGAGAUCGCCCUGGCCAAAGCCAUCACCGAGUCUAACGGCAAGGGGAAGGGGAAGGUGAUCGUGUUGAAGACCGAUGUUAUCCUGACUAAAGCUCUCCCAGUCAUUCCCUACCAAGGCCAACUCGUGAUACGCGGCGAGUGCGGCAAACGGAAGUGCGUCAUCGACGGUGCCAAGAAGUUCGGUAUCUUUGUAACUUACACCCCAGGCUGUUUGAUCAAACUAGAGAAUCUAGAGAUCAGGCAAGCGAAGGAUGGAGCUGUGAGCGGCAAGUGCAAUGUAGUCAUCAAGAACUGCUUGUUUCGGGCGAACAGAGGAGCCCCCGUCGUUGCUCUCGGGAUUGGCGAUCCGACGUUCGACAUAUCGAACACAGUAUUCAUCGACAAUCAGUCCAACUCCUCUUGCGGCGCGCUCUGUAGCAACUCGCGCGGCGGCGGCAAACUGCAGAACUGCUCAUUUAUCCGCAAUACCGCUAACGACGACGGCGGCGCAGUGUAUCUAUGGGGGGUCGGAGAGAAGCCUCUCAUGAUUACCAAUUGUCUGUUCGAAAGCAACAGCGCGCUUCGAGGCUCCGGAGGGGCUAUGUUCAUUGAACCGAAUGGUAUCGAGAAUUGGGCGGAUGUGUACGUGAUGGAGACGAAGUUCAAGGGCAAUCAAGCAAAGACGAUGGGUGGCGCAGUCACUCUCGUGUCCGAUCUGAAAGCGCAUUUCUGCGGCGGGGUAAUGUCAGGUAACAAGGCCUUGAGCGGGAAAGGCAACGAUCUCGCUCUGGUUUCUGGUGGGCCGCUUCCUGUCUUUGUAAAUUUCUGCCCCUACCCGCCGAAGCUCAGUGUCUAUGGCGUUCCUAGUAUCAGGCAGCAUGCCGUCGUGGACAGCUGCCGCCUUUGCGGCGGCCCCGAGAGCUUCCCGUUUAACUGACCGCAAUUGCGCUCAGAUACAUCCGUUGGAGUACUAACUCGUAAUAGUAGGAGCUUCUUCGACUCAGCUCUGACCGCAAUUGCGCUCAGACAUCCGUCCCUAUUCGUGAUUGUGGCCAGAUUCGUUCGAUGAUCGGGAAGUGCUCCUGUGAGUACAAUGCUCUGAAGCAAGCGGGCAAGCUUUCAAUCGCGAUCCAUGUCGACGAUGGAUGUGGUCCAUUUUAGACUCUAGAGUUCGGAAUCUUCCGUUCGCAACCUGGUCAAGUUCUUCGUCAGGAUCCUGACCUCGAUCCUGGUCAGGGUGUCAUCCUUCGUGACGGGGUUUACCGUCCAGCUUGUUCGUUUAAUCUCUCUCUCUCCUCAGUAGUGAGUUGUAUUUCGUCUCUCUGUUCCAAGACGUACUAUAGUGUUCAAUUUCAGUAAACAUGGUGUGAAAUUCCUGAAUUGCGCUGGUUUCUAUAACUUUCUUCGUUACUUUUCAGAUUGGUUUGGAUUCAAUUUGAGUAGACAUGGUGUGAAAUUCCUGAAUUCUCCUGAAUUGCGCUGGUUUCUAUAAUUUUCUUUGUUACUUUUCAGAUUCGUUUGGAUAGUAAAUGCUAUCUUAUUUUGAAGCUUUAAUUCAUUGCGACAUCGGUGGAUCGGGCGAUCCGACUAAUCAGCAGGAAGAUCGUAUCGGGGGUUCAAGAGUCAGUAUGGCGAUCCCGACUCGCCGCUGUCGUCGUCUGAGUUGGCGCCACUGUGUUCAAGCGUACGUGUUGUCAGAUUUGUUCCGCUUUGCGUCGUAGAUCCGAUGUCUCUCUCUGAUAUCAUCUUGUCGUCUCCGCGCGGCGCUCUGCAAUCAUCAUGUUGUCUCCGUGCGCGUAUCCGACAGAGAAAGAGGGAGGGGAAGAUCCAUCUCUCCUCGAUCAUAUCGACAAUCUGUCUGCGUUAAUUGCCUAGUUUUUACUUCUCCUGUUCUCUUUGUGUGUGUGUGUGAACGCGUGUAUGGUUGCGUGUGUGUGUGAGAGAGAGAGAGAGAGAGAGAGAGAGAGAGAGAGAGAGAGAGAGAGAGAGAGAUUGUGUGUGUGUGUGUGAAUGCGUGUGUUUGUGUGUGUUGGGGGAGGGAGAGAUAUAUAUAUAUAUAUAUAUAUAUAUAUAUAUAUAGAGAGAGAGAGAGAGAGAGAGAGAGAGAGAGAGAGGAGAAUUUCUUUGUUAUUGGAGGUACUGCUAUUCAUUUGUCACGGCACUGUUCAGUGGUUAUAAUGGACAGGGACGUGCCUCGUUAACGCGAAGACAGCACAGUUCGGAAAGUGGGAGUGGGAGCGAAAUCCAUGUCCGUUUUUGCUUUCGGGUUUCGCUGUUUCGAUGCAAAUGAAUGUUGUGCUUUUACACUGGUGAGUGGGUUAACUUACUGCCAGCACGAGCGGGUGCGAUAGGAAUUUAGUCUAUUUAUCGUCUCGGGUUCACUUUUUUUCUGGACUGGAAGUCGAUUUUAGUACUCGAACGCCUCGGUAAGGGGAUGUGAUGAAGUGAAGAAGGCUACUAAGCUAUGACGACUACAGCCAGCUAGUCCUACGACCUAUGUAGGGGUUCACUAGAUGAAUUAGUCUAUUUAUCGUCUCGGAUUGCACUUCGUUUCUGGGCUGAGAGUCGAUUGUAGUACUCGAACGCUUCGGUAAGUGGGUGUGAUGAAGUGAAUAAAGCUAUUAAGCUAUGACGACUACUGCCAGCUAGUUCUGCGACGUAGGGGUUCAUUUACGUAUGUAUAUGUAUAUAUAUAUUGACAUUUGAAGAAACGCGAUCAUCAUUUUUUUUUAUAUUUUUGAAUUUACCGUUACGGACUUGACGCUUGUUUAAUAUGAAUUUUACCUCAUGUUAAGGGUGGUCGAUUUAUUUUCGUUCGGUUAGGUUUUGCUGGUGCCCUGCUGGUCGUUUCUUAAUGAUUCGCGCCUUCUUGA